UGGGAUUAGUGGGCGGGGCUCGGAUGCCACGUCAGGCUUAAGCCGGCAGCUAACGGAUCCCCGAGAGCUGGAAUAUGGCUGCCGGCCGAUUGUUGUGGAGAGCCGGGCUCAGUAAUGGCGUCACCCUCGUCUUGGCCUGUGCGACGCUGAUGUGGACUGUCUCCUCGCAGCAUGAAGGCUUUCACGGUCACGAGGACUUUCACCACGGCCACAGCCACGCUCACCAUGGCCACACGCAUGAGCAUAUUUGGCAUGGGGACGGGCACGGCCACGGGGACCACCACGGACAUGCCCACGAGGACCACCACCAUCAUGGACACAGCCAUUCGCAUGGUGACCCUCACCACAGCCAUGGGGACGUGCACCAUGCGCACGGGCAGGAGGAUUUUCACCACGGGCACAGCCACGCGCACGUGGGCCCCCAAGAUGGGCACAGCCAUGCCCAUUUCCAUGAAGAUUCCCACCACCACCUCCACAGCCACUCACACGAGGAUCCCGCCGGUGGUCCCAGCCAGGCCAGUACUUUCCCCGGGCAGGAGAAAGCGGCUCCAAGGAGAGAGAAGCUGGAACCUCUUUGGCUGUGGACAUACGCCAUUGGGGCCACGCUCCUGAUCAGCGCUGCGCCCUACUUCAUCCUCUUCCUGAUCCCCGUGGAGUCUAACUCCUCCCAGCACCAGGCCCUGCUCAAGCUGCUUCUGAGCUUUGCCUCAGGGGGCCUCCUGGGGGACGCUUUCCUGCACCUCAUUCCUCAUGCCCUGGAGCCUCACUCCCAUCACGACGAAGGAGCAGGCCACGUCCACAGCCACGCGGAGCCUUCCGGCCACGGCCAUUCUCACCAGGGUCCUGAGCACCAGCACAUGAUGUCGGUCGGCCUCUGGGUCCUGGGGGGCAUUGUGGCUUUCCUGGUUGUGGAGAAGUUUGUCAGGCACGUCAAGGGAGGCCACGGCCACAGCCACCACGGCGGCCACAGCCACCACGGCGGCCACAGCCACCACGGCGGGCAUAGCCACCACGGCGGGCACAGCCACGAGGCCAAGGCCAAGACCAGUGACGACGAGGAUGAGAAGGCGCCUGCCCAGGGGUCGGCGGAGAAAGCGGCCUGCAAGCGGAAGGAGCAGCCCCCCGAGUCUACCAUGCGUGUCGCAGGAUACCUGAACCUGGCGGCCGACUUCGCCCACAACUUCACGGACGGGCUGGCGCUGGGGGCCUCGUUCCUGGCGGGGGCCACGGUGGGCGCCGUCACCACCCUGACGGUGCUGCUGCACGAGGUGCCCCACGAGGUGGGCGACUUCGCCAUCCUGGUGCAGUCCGGCUGCAGCAAGCGGAAGGCGAUGAAGCUGCAGCUGGUGACGGCCCUGGGGGCUCUGGCGGGCACCGUCUGCUCCCUGUUGGCAGAGGGCGUGGGCGAAGCGGCCACCGCCUGGAUCCUGCCCUUCACAGCUGGGGGCUUCAUCUACGUGGCCACCGUCUCGGUCAUCCCGGAGCUCCUGAAGGAAUCGGGGCCCAUCCAGUCCCUGCUGGAGGUGCUGGGCCUCCUGGGCGGCGUGGCCAUGAUGGUCUUCAUCGCCCAGUAUGAGUAGGCCGGAGGGGGGGGCGUGGGGGGCAGCCGCCGGUUUCGGGAGCCAAGGCCACCGGGAGCGUUCCUUCCCACAAGAGAGGGAGGGGGGGACGCAAGGUUUUGUGCCUUUGCUGUAGUCGCCCCCUCCCUCCGGCUCCCCCGCCCCACCCUGCUUUUUUUGCCCUGGACAUUCAGACUUCUGCCCCUGCUGUGCACUUCCCUUCCUCCAGGGGGCGCUGUCAGGAGCAGCGAGAGGAGGAAAGCCGCUCUGGUACGCUAGGGGACCAACUCAGUGGUGGGCUGCCCUCCCCUAUGGGGCACUGAAGGCAUGGGGUCAGCGUGGGGUGGGGGCAAGAGAGAGGAUUUUAGUAGCAGAUAAGGAGGGCUUCUGGGGGGAUUAGUGCAUCCCUUCACCCCCUUGGUUUGGGGGGGGGGAAGUGCUGAGUUUCCCCCCUCAGUCCCUGGGUCUGCUCUGCCCCUUAAUUAUUGGGGGGUGACGGUGCAGAAGAAGCGACCAAAACAGAGAAGAGGCAAACGUGGGCAUGAGAUUUUGACUUCUGGGGUGGAGUUCUACUCAGGUGGAUUUGAAGGUGGUUAAGGGAGGGGGGGGGGCAAGAUUGCUGGAAAUCAUGGUUCCAGAAAGAGUGGGACGGUUAUUGGGGUUUGGGAACGGAGGAGGCUUAGUUUCCGGCAGCCGGGGAUGGAAGGGUGCCGUAGGGCAGGUUUUCUGAACUCAGGUGUUUUGGAUGGGUGGUGAUGGUGGGACCCCCCCCCCCCCCAUCCUCUAUCACCCACCCAAAGGGAACAAAGAGGUCUGGGCAGUGGGAGGGGAGCAGGUUGUGUCUGUGUGUGUGCGGUCCUUUUGCUCACCCCUGGUCAGAACGGGCGGGGGGAGAGGAGUCCCUUCCCCCUGCCAAUGGGGUAGGAGGGAAUUUCUCAACGUAAUGGUUGUGGCAGCGAUGAGAGAGGAAUUUCUGUGUACACUUUAUAU